AUGACUGAAGCAAUGAUUGUUGAUGAAUCAAAUACGACAGCAAUUACGACCGAGAAUAAUAAUGAAUCGCAAACAGCAAACGGUAUUGAUAAGAAAAAGUAUUCGAUACAAAAUAUUCCACGUUUACCACGUGAACUUACACCAUUUGCAUCAUUUUCACCUGCCAUUGAGCUUCAUCAACGUGGUCCAUUAUUUAAGGGACCAGGAGCAAAGCGUGAUACAGGACGCUACAAAAUUCGAUCCGUUGAUGAAGAAAAUAUUAAACGUGCAAAAAAAUAUGGUUUAGAACAAAGUGUUAAAUAUGUUCUUGUGAAACAGCAACAGCAACAACAACGUGUACAAUUAGAUAAUAUUAAAAAACAACAAGCACUGCUAUUAAUGUGUCGAAUUUAUAUUGGUAGUAUUAAUUUUGAAUUAAAUGAAGCAAUGCUUAAACAAGCAUUUCAACCAUUUGGACCAGUCAAAGCUGUUUCAUUAACAUUUGAUCCAGUUACUAAUCGUCAUAAAGGUUUUGCUUUUCUUGAAUAUGAAAUACCUGAAGCAGCACAAUUGUCUAUUGAGCAAAUGAAUGGAGUUAUUCUUGGUGGAAGAAAUAUUAAAGUUGGUCGACCAUCGAAUAUGCCACAAGCUCAGCCCAUUAUCGAUCAAUUAACUGAAGAAGCAAAAAAUUACAAUCGUAUCUAUAUAGCUUCAAUUCAUCCAGAUUUAACAGAAAAUGAUAUUCAAAGUGUUUUUGAAGCUUUUGGUAAAAUAAAAACUUGUACUUUGGCAAAAGAUACAACAACGAGUAAACAUAAAGGUUAUGGCUUUAUUGAAUAUGAAACAGUUCAAGCAGCACAAGAUGCAAUUAGUUCAAUGAAUUUAUUUGAUCUUGGAGGACAAUUUCUUCGAGUUGGUAAAGCAAUAACACCACCUGAAGGUUUAUUAACUACAACACCGACAGCAGCAACUUCGAUGCCAACAGCUACUGCAUUAGCUGUUGCUACAAUUACAGCUCAAUUACAGGCUAAAAAUGUUGAGACUAAUCCACAACCUACCAUAGCUGCUUCACAAAUGAUCAAUAAUCCAAUAGCACAAGUUGGUUUUCUUGGUGGUCCGAUUGCCCCAACUACUGUUGCUGCUACACUUUCUGCAGCGUCGUUUUCUGAUGCGACUGCUGUGACAUCAAUGAUUUCCACUAUACUCAAUCCAACUGCUGCUAUAACAACUUCUAUUUCACAACCUGUUACUCUUGGUGCACCUGGCAUUCGUUCAAAUUUGUCUACAUCGUCUUUAACUAAUCUUACAACUUCAUCCUCAGUACAAACGGUACAAGUUUCAUCUCCGCAAGUUAGUACUCCACCACCAUCCGCAGCAACAUUAAUUCCUCAACCAACUUUACUUGAAGAACCACCUGUCCCUGUUGGAUUAAAAAUUGAUUUAGAACCAAAACCACAAUAUCCAUCAAUUUCACUUGUUCUACCAACAAAUAAAUCGGAAACAACUGACAAUCAAAAAACUAUUUUAAGCUUAAAUAAUGCAGAAGAUCCUACAGCAACUUUAUCACAACAAGAAGAACUUAGUGUUAAAGGUCGUGAACAAAGACAUUUACUAAUGCAAAAAUUAAAUCAACGUCGACUUGAUUCACGUGUAUGCGUAUUAAGAAAUAUGGUUGGUCCUGAGGAUGUUGAUGAUGAUUUACAACAGGAAAUAACCGACGAGUGCUCGAAAUAUGGUGAAGUUAUUAAAGUUGUUAUUUAUACUGAACAACAAGGAUAUGAUGAUGAUAAUGCAGAACAAAUCGUUAAAAUUUUUGUUGAAUUUCAAACUAGUAAACAAGCAGAAAAAACGAUUGAAUCACUCAAUGGACGAUAUUUUGCUGGUCGAAUGAUAAAAGCUGAGCUAUAUGACCAAAUGGCAUAUCAAGCUGAAGACCUAUCUGGUUGA